GUAUCAUCCGGUAUUACGGUGGUUAUUUCCCAGCACUUUCCUUAAUCACCAAGCUUGGUGAUCAAAGCAAAACUACCAACACCAACACAAACCUCUGAAGUGUCAACAAUGGCGACGAGCUCAUCAUCAUCAGCAGCAACAACAAAUCUAAUGUUAGCAAUCCACGAAAAGAAAACAAACACCGUGGAGCUAUACCGUCCUCUCCGCAACUACAUCGCCUUCCACUACUCGGAACGCGAAGCCCAAAACUUGGAUGACGAUUUGGAAACAGUGAAACAAUAUCGUUCCGAUAUCGAGAAAUCCUCCGAUUCACCUCCAGCACGUCGCGACCUUCUUCUCAAAUACUUCAAGUGCCUCUGCCUGAUGGAAACUCGAUUCCCUAUUUCGGCGGACAAAGAUCACAUUAAUUCAAUCCAAUUCACGUGGUUUGAUGCAUUUAAAACAAGGAAUAAGUCGUCUCAGAUCAAUCUUCAUCUUGAAAAAGCAGCUAUUCUUUUUAAUUUGGGCGCUGUUUAUAGUCAGAUAGGGUUGGCUUUUGAUAGGUCGACGGUGGAGGGAAGGAAGCAGGCUGUGCAUAAUUUUGUUACGGCGGCCGGUGUUUUCGCUUACUUGAGGGAUAAUGUAGCCGUGAAGGCGGCAGCUGGAGGAUCUGCCACGGUUGAUGUAUCCGUCGAGUGCGCAGGUAUGUUAGAGAGGUUGAUGUUGGGUCAGGCGCAGGAGUGUGUUUUUGAGACUAGCAUUGCUAAAGGGAGUACUCCUGGGGUUUGCUCUAAGAUCUCCCGUCAGGUUGGAGUUUACUACGAGGAAGCUUUAGCCGCACUUAGUGUGCCUCCUCUAAGUCAACAUUUUGACAAGACAUGGAUAGCUCAUGUGCAGCUCAAGGCAUCUCUUUUUUUCGCUGAGGCUUGCUAUAGGUACAGUUUAGAGCUCCAUGAGAAAGAGGAGAUUGCUGAAGAAAUUGCUAGGCUAAAAGCUGGGAUUAGUGCUCUAUCUGAUGUCAAGAGAUCAACCAAAGGAGCUCCUGCCCAGCUCCUAGAUGCUGUAAGUAAGCUAGAGGCAAGUCUAAAUCGUAAUUUGGAAAGGGCAAUGAAGGAGAAUGAUAGAGUUUACCUGCAAAGGGUUCCGCAGGCCACUUCAUUGGCUCCGUUAUCUGCAUUCUCCAUGGUAAAACCGAUGCCUUUGGAUGAGAUACUGGAUGCAAGCAAAGAGAAGAUGUUCCUAUCUCUUAUACCAGACAGCAGUACUAAAGCACUUUCUAGGUACACUGAGAUGUUAGAUGAUGUUAUCAGAACACAAGCCGAGAAACUCCAGCAGGGAAGUGAGCUAGCUAGAGUGAGGCUCAAAGAAAUGGACUUGCCUGAUUCUCUUCUUGCUUUGGAAGGGAAUGUGACUCUUCCAGAUAACCUUAAAGAGGAUGUCGAAGCAGUGCAAAUUAGUGGUGGCCCAGCUGGACUGGAAGCUGAGUUACAGCAACUAAGAGAUCUGAGGAGGGUCAAUCAUGAAUUAUUGGUGCAGACAGAAGAACAAUUGCAGAAAGAAGCUCAAGAGGAUUCUCAAUUCAGAACCCAAUUCGGCACACGGUGGACUAGGCCUCAAUCCAGUACACUUACCAAGAACCUGCUAGAUAGGCUUAACAGAUUUGCUGGAAACCUAAAGCAAGCUGGCGAAAGUGAUGCUAGAAUCGAGCGUUCUGUUAGGGACCAUUCUGCCCUCAUGUCCAUACUUGAUCGCCAUCCUAUCGAGGCUGCACUUCCAACGCUUGCGAAGCCAAUUAUGUCUUUGGAUGCCAGUGAGGAUGCAAUAGUUGGAGCCUUGAAGCAAAGUCUGAGACAACUGGAGACACUUGGAGCAGAAAGGGCAGGCCUUGAAGACAUGCUUAAAGAAAUGAAAAGAAAGGAUGACAUACUGCCAAAACUGAUGACAUCUACUGGAUCUUAUGAGGAUCUUUUUAAGAAGGAAAUAUCAAAAUAUGAUCACAUCUGCGAGGAGAUAUCUCAGAAUAUUCAGGCACAAGAGCAGCUGUUGAUGCAAAUCCAGGCUCAGAAUGAUCAGUUCUCUGUUGUCUUUAAUCUUGAAGAUUUCAAGGCUUCUCGUGAGAAGUGCUUUAAGCAGAUUGAAGCUGCCAUAGCAAAGUACCAAGAAAUAAAGGAGAACAUAAACGAGGGACUCAAGUUCUAUGUAACCCUUCAGGAUGCAAUUACAAAUGUAAAGCAACAGUGUAGUGACUUUGUGAUGACGCGAAAUAUCCAGUGCCGUGAAAUGAUGGAAGAUGUGCAGAGACAAAUAUCAGGUCUCAGCUUCCAGGAUAGGAACUCGAGUAACCAGAGCUAUCCGUCUGUUGGGCAAAACCAUCAGCCUCCAAGAACAAUGUCUCCCCAGCAAACAGAUAAUGUAAAUAUUUCCCAAGCUUCUAGGGCACAGGCACCUGCACCCUAUUAUCAACCUUCCCCACAGCAAACAGACACUGGAAAUGUUUCUCAAGCUCCUGGGCUUCAAGCACCUGCACCUUAUUAUCAGUCACCACAGAAUUCCUCAAUGCCCGGAUAUGCAACUCCCUAUGGUUCCUCGCAAGGUCCCUCCCAGCAAUCACAUCCACCCUCUUAUCAUGCUCCACCUUCAACGGGUUCUCCAUACCAGUCCCAACCACCACACCAACAGCCGCCAGGCGGAUAUGAUUAUGGGCAGCCUGCUUAUCCAGGAUGGCGAGGUCCAUAUUACAAUGCACAUAGUAGCCAACAGCCUUCAACUUUCCCUCGACCACCAUAUACUGUUCCAGGUCCCUAUCCUCCUAAUCAAGGUGGUUACUACAGGCCGCAAUGAUGUCUCAAUUGCGGUUUAUUGUUUAGUUUUUUGUCCCCUGAAUCUUCUCAUUUGUUUAUCAAGGACAACAUCUUGUCUAUAUAUGGUCUCCUAUUAAAGUUGCUCAGUUUGUGUAUGCCUUGUACUGAAAGUAUCUUGCCUAUUUUCGGAUGAUGAAAGACCAGACCCUUUAUGUAUAGCCUCUUGAUUCUUUCCAGGGUUUGGGAGUGCUAAUAAUUUAGUAUGUGAAAUCUCUAGCAUCUCUAAUGUUAAAUAUUGCUUGAAGACAGUGUAUAAUACUUUAAAGUUAGUUUUCUGGUAA